AUGCGUGCCAGCUCGGCGCUUCGACUACUGGCCCUGGGCUUGGUCGCUCGGGCUGCGGGCUCUCCUGAGGAUAGCAGUCUCUCUCCGCGAGACAUCACACACUUCGAGAGAGCGCUUGAGGCUAGGGGAUUGGCGGAGGAUAUCUGGAAUCAGAUCAAGAAUGCAGCUACCUGCACCGCCUGCCAGGGCAUUCUCGUUCUUCUCAAGGGGCUUGCCGUCUUCGGAGACGGAGCCUUCGUUGACGUGACCACUGCUGUCUGCAAGCUUGCAAAUGUCGAAGAUGACGAUGUCUGUGAGGGCACCAUUGCGCUCGAGGGUCCCAUCAUUGCCAAGUCCAUUCGGAACAUGGAUCUCGGCUCCACGACAUCGCAACUGUUUUGCGGCUCGUUCCUCGGACUCUGCCCUGAGCCAGCCGUUCCUCAGUGGAAGAUACCAUUUCCUUCGCCAAAGCCACAGACUGGUCGUCCUGCGCCGAGUGGGAAGAAGCCUCUCAAGGUUGUCCAAUACUCAGACAUCCACAUUGAUCCUCUAUAUGUGGCGGGUUCUACCACAAACUGCACCAAGCCCAUCUGCUGCAGAAGACCCUAUACCGAUGCUGACGAGCCUGGCACUUCGACCACGCCUGCUGGCCCCAAUGGAGACCACAAGUGCGACACUCCCCUCAGCUUGGAAUUGAGCAUGUAUCAGGCCAUCAAAGAGACCGUGCCGGAUGCAGCCCUCACCCUGUUCACGGGCGAUAUUGUCGACCAUGCCAUCUGGAACACUUCGCAGCCGUACAAUGAGAAGCAGAUCUCUGACGCCUACGGGCACAUGAGCCAGUACCUUGGUCUUGUCUACGGUACGGCCGGUAACCACGAGGCCAAUCCCACCAAUGCCUUUCCUCCCAAGUCCAUCAGCAACUCCUCGCAAUGGGUAUACGAUGCGCUGUCUGACGAGUGGACGCGCUGGGUGGGCGUUGCGGCUGAAUCUCAGAUACAAAGCAUUGGUGCCUACUCGACCAGGUAUCCCAGCGGCAACCUGAGGAUCAUUUCCCUCAACACCAACUUCUACUACCGCAUGAACUUUUGGCUCUAUCAGGAGGAGCUUGAGCGGGACCCCGAUGGCCAGGUUCAGUGGCUCGUUAACGAGCUUGACGCCGCAGAGAAGGCGGGCGAGAGAGUCUACAUCAUCGGACACAUGCCUCCUGGCGAAGGCGACGCCUUCCACGCAGGUUCCAACUACAUCGACCAGGUCGUCAACCGCUACUCGACGACCAUUGCCGCCAUGUUCUUCGGCCACACGCACGUUGACCACUUCGAGAUCAGCUACUCCGACUACAACAGCCGAGACGCGUCCCACGCCGUCAUGACGUCGUAUAUUUGUCCCUCGCUGACGCCCACCUCGGGCAUGCCCUCGUUCCGCGUCUACGACGUCGACCCGGAGACGUUUGCCGUGCUCGACACCACGACGUACAUUGCCGACAUGACCGACACCGCCUUCCAGACGACUGGCCCCGUGUGGAAGAAGUCCUACUCCGCCAAGGAGACGUAUGGCUCCAGGCUGAGUCCCCCCGUGACCGACCCCGGCGCCGAACUGACGCCCGCGUUCUGGCAUAAUGUGACGGCCCUGUUCGAAUCGAGCUCGGACUUGUUCGACAAGUACAUCUCGCUCAAGAGCCGCGGAUGGAGCGUCGAGCCGUGCACUGGCGAGUGCAAGACGCUGGAGCUCUGCAAGCUGAGGGCUGCGCGCAGCGAGAACAACUGCGUGGUUGUUUCGCCUGGUCUUCACCUCAGCAAGAGGUCGUCGGACGAGCUGCGAGGCCACGGUCACGACCACGGCCAUGGCCACCAGGAGCACGACCACGAGUGCGGCAUGUCGGCCGGUAUGAAGGUGCUGAGCUCGUUGGCCGUGAGGAAGGAUCUGCUGGAUGAGUUGGAGACCAAGUAUAACGAGUUCAAGGCCAAGGCUGCGACUUCGGCAUGA